GGGCACUCCACAAGACAAAUAAGCCUGAGAGCAUUUCUGCAAAGAUAGUUUUGGACUUCGCACUACAGAAUCAGUGACACCAUGAGGUUCCAGGCUUUGUUUUUUCUCCUGCUUCUGGCAUGCAUGUACCUCAGCCUAGCUCAAGGCUCGUUUGAAAACUGCUGUCUUAAGCACGUUGCUGGACUGAAGAAGAAUAUGAAGAGGAAUGUGGUGAGCUACAGGAAGCAGGAAACAGAUGGUGGUUGCAACAUCAAGGCCAUUGUGUUCAUAAUGAAGAAAGGGAAGACUGCUUGUGCCAACCCCAGUGAGGUCUGGGUGCAGAAUUUGAUGGAUACCGUCGAUAAGAUGAAAAACACCACAGCUUCCUAAACAAAGAUGAUGCACCGAUUUGGUUGAGCAGUUACUUCGUUGGAGGAUCUAACCAAUGUUUUUGCCAGUAUAAUGUAUCUCAAGUCAAAGGUGUAAUGUGUGGACAACUAUAUAACAGUCAUAUCCUUCUUUUGCUACAGUGUGAACGUCUUCAUUAUAUUACUCAUUAUAACAUAGUUUGGCUUGAUGACAUUAUAUCACUUGCUUUUGUGUGACUACCUGAGAUUUCAUGAUUAAGGUGGCAAUACAGCAGUGUAGCUAUACGACAAUACUGUAUUACUGUAUCAAUGUUAACAUUCAGUACCUGCUAGUAAUGAGCCACUUGGCAGCUUUAAUGUGUGUGUCUAUCUGUCUGUGAGUGUGUUUGUUUGUCUGUAAGUGUGUGUGUGUGUGUGUGUGUGUUGUUCAUCUUUAAUACAAAGCAACAGUUUAUGUUCAAAAACAUAUUUUAUGUCAAAACAAUAUUCACUUUUGUAAUAAACAAAAUUUUGAUAUGCCUCAUUUAAUCUGGGAUAUAUCAAUUU